CAUACAUAAAAAUUAUCAGUUACAAUUAAAAUUUAUAAAAAACGAUAUGUUCAAAAUUAUAUAUUGGUUAAUAUUUUGCAUAUUUAACGUGCAACAAAAUCAAAAGUGUAGACUUAAUACACGAAUACAUUUCGGUCAACCGCUUCCUGUUAUCAUAAGAAACGGUAUGUUGUUGAAACCUGACGAUGGUAACGGUAAUGUAGAACUAAAUUAUGGAGAUACUAUGGUCCUCAGCUGCGAGGGUUCCGGAACUAUUAUUCAUCCAAGUGCAACUCAAGCACAUUCAGUUGCGUCUAUAGUUUGUGAAGGUGGAGAUAACUUUAAAAACGAUGACUGGUUGACGUCGCCAGCAAGAUUCACCUUAUUUAAAUGUUUGUAUCCCCCAAAUUAUUCAAGCGAACGCACAAACCGGACUUGUUUCGAAGGGAAUAAAAUAAUUGAAGUCGGAUAUAGAAUACAAAAUCAGUUUUACCCCGUCUUUGAAUCUUGUUUUAACUAUGGCAACCUUAACGCUAUAUACUCAAAGUACACCCAAAAACCGUAUAACGCUUUAUAUCAAACUAGAAUUGAUCGUCCGUUCUUUAUAGACGACGGCCAUUAUGGGUCUGUGCCAGUGAAUUCUAUUUUUUCUCCAAAAGAACAAAGGCAAGCGAUCGCUCAAUUGGUUGGCAAUCUUAUUGAUAAUUACUUCACUGCAGAACAACUCUUGUCGAGAGGGCAUUUAGCCGCUAAAACAGAUUUUGUUUAUGCGUUCAGCGAGCGAGCGACGUUUCACUAUGUCAACUGCGCUCCACAGUGGACAGGCUUUAAUGGCGGUAAUUGGAAUACAUUGGAAGUCGAUCUAAGAAAUCACAUACACGUUGCAGGUUACGACACUAUAAUAUACACGGGUACAUAUGGAAUAGCGCAACUCCUUAAUAGCAGGAACCAGACAGUCGAUUUGUAUUUAUACAAUGAUAUAAACAAUAACCCGGUCAUACCAGUGCCCUUGUAUUAUUAUAAAGUUGUUUACGAGCCCAGUACGAAGCGUGGCAUUGCAUUCGUCGGCAUUAAUAAUCCAUAUUAUAAUCUUAAUGAAGCUCGCGAAUUGUUCUUUUGUAAAGACAUUUGUAGGAAUAACAAUUUUCGCUGGUUAUCUUGGCACCCGGAUAGUAGCAGUGAGGGGUAUACCUUCUGUUGUACGGUACCCGAUUUCAGAAACACCAUUAGACAUUUACCAGAAUUUGAAGUUUUAAAUGUCUUGAGUUGAAGUUUUCUGAUCUAUUUACUAUAAGAGAACUAAAUUCGCUGACCAUAUCAAUAUUAAA